AUGAUAGACAUAGGGGCGAAUUUACUUGACGAUGUUUAUUCUGGAGUCUACAAUGGAUCUCAGAAACAUCGGCGAGAUCUUGGAGAUGUGUUAGAGAGAGCCAGGGUGUAUGGCGUUCAACACAUGAUUGUGACUUGUGGCAAUCUAGAAGAGUACAAUGCUGCAGCAACUCUCAUGAACAAGUGGCCACUACUCUCAUGCACCAUAGGGUAUCACCCUACUCGUGCCGCAGAACUGGUGACUGAAGAUCUUUCUCCAAAGCCAUCGCUGGAGGUUUUAAAACAGCUGGUUUGCGGUGGCAAUCUCCCAGUUUAUGUCCGCGCAUAUGGAGAGCUAGGAUUAGACUAUGCUCGUCUGCAUUUUGCCGGUAAGGAGAUUCAAAAGCUGGCAUUCAGGCUCCAAUUGGAUAUCUUUAGCAAACAGCCAUCACUACCUCUCUUCUUGCAUUGCAGGGACGCAGGAACUGAUUUCCUAGAAAUAUUAGCGGACUAUAAACAGAAGGAGCCCCGGCUAAAAGGCGUAGUGCAUAGCUUUGAUGGAGAUCUGGAUCUGUGCAACCGUAUCCUGGCCCUUGGAUUUGAUAUUGGGAUCAACGGGUGUUCUCUCAAAACCGCUGAUAAUUUGUCGGUUGUGAGAAACAUUCCUUUGAGUAGAAUACACUUGGAAACAGAUUGCCCUUGGUGCGAAGUCAAGCCGACGCAUGCUAGCUAUUCUCAUUUAUCUGGAUUAACCAAGGAGCAUUUUAGGCAAGUAGUUAAGUCCUGCAAUUAUGAUAAGAAAUGUGGUGAUUGUGCUCUGCAGUGUCCAUGCUUUGUUAAAGGCCGAACAGAGCCUGCCCACAUCAACGCAGUUGCGGAGGUUCUCGCAGCAAUCACGACUCAUCCCUUCGAAAACUGUUCUCCUAAUCCCCUAUCGCUCUCGGAGAAAACAUCGGUUGUGAGAAGAAUAACAGCAGAAAACUCCAGAAGACUAUUUAAUUUAGAGGAUGUUGUGACACCUGCGUAUAAUAACGUAUUAGAAUGA